AUGGCUGAAUCUCAAAAGAAACUCGACGAGGCCCUCGCGACGCAGGCCGCCGCGGCGACGGCGCCAGAUCAACAGCAACAAGCAAAGUCGCAAGCUCCGGAACAGCUAGAAGAGCCGAAAGAGCCCAACAAAGCUGACAACUACGGGCGCAACACGAGUCUCCUUUCUCGCUCUCGCACGUUUUCCGCCUACCUGAGCCCACUAUCCACAGCCACUGGGGUUUACGACCCGUCGCCAAUUGUAGAAUUCCCGGAUAUGGGCGACGGUCCGCGAACCAAGAUUUGCCGUGAAGAAUCCCUCCCGCGCGAGACCUAUCAGGUGUCGCCUAUUGAAGAGAAGAGGAAGUUUUCGAAGCUCGAAGAUGCGAUAAUGGAGGAGUGGGAGGGGGUGCAGGGAGAGCCGAGGAAGGGGGGAGGGAUUAAGAAGAGGAAAGUGAAGGAACUGACAGUCGAGGCUCAAGACGAGGACGCCGAGACGCCGGACGCGGCAGAUGCAAAGUAG